CCCCUUCAUGAUUGGAUAUACUAGGAAGUGCGUUUUGGAGGCUACGCACAUUAUACAGACUUUCUCAAAGACUGGUCACGAAACAAUGGGAAACUCAUCAAGUAAACCACCCGACCCUGCUGCUACACAGGGCACUACUAAACGUGAGAGUUGCAGACAGUUUGCAGAUUGUGUGAAUGAGAGCAAGGAACAUAGAAGACGAUAUAUUCACAGUGAAGACAUUCCUGCACAUAUAGACUGCAGUGAUCGUCCCCCCUGCUGGUACUGGGAAAAAUGCCACAGAAAAGAUGGCACAGAGCACAUGAUUAAAUACCUCCAUCCCUGGGAGCUUUCAGUGAUUGACGGGACGGAGGACGAGAUUCGAAUUGUCCUGAUUGGGAAAACCGGUGCAGGUAAAAGCGCGACCGGAAACACAUUACUACAAAAAGAGACGUUCGAGAGUUCACUGAGUUUUACGGCGCAGACGAGUUCCUGCUCCUAUGAUCACGUGUACUAUGACAUCAAGAAAUACAUGAUCAUCGAUUCACCUGGAAUCUUCGAUAACAGAGUGGACAAGCGCAAAAACUGCGCUGAGCUUAUCAAAUGUUUGGCUCUGAGCGCCCCAGGGCCACAUGUUUUCCUCAUCACCAUAGAGAUCGGGAGAUACACGAAAGAAGAUGAAGAAGUGAUCGAUAUUUUCCAUGAGAUGUUCGGCAAAGGCAUGAUGAAGCACUCGAUAAUCUUGUUCACAUUUGCCGAUAAGUUGGAGCAGGAAAACAAAUCUAUAGAAUCAAUGAUACGGGAGUCACCUAAGAGUUUACAAAAACUCAUCGCCACCUGUGAUGGUCGUGCAUUCACAAUCAACAACAAAGCCAGUAGAGAAGAUAGAUCCAAUAGGGCAGGUCAACUGAUCUUAAAGAUCACAGAAUGGGGACUCGAUGAAAACAUUUUUCAAGAUGAACUUGGUGUGCUUAAAAACAUAGACACAAUCAUCAAGAAAGAGGAAAACGACACUGGCGCCUCAAGAAAGCAUAUACGGGAUGCAAUAGUGAGAGGACUGCAUAAAGCAAAGCCAGUACUAAAAGCAAUAUUUCCAGUGAUUUCUGGUUUAGGUAUGAUUCUGACAAGGGUAAAACACCCUAUUGCAACGAUGAUUGGAGGAAUACUAAGUGGGCUUGGUUUAGUAGGCACUGGGGUGAAUGCAUUACUUGAAUACAUGCUGCCAAAUAUAGAAUAAACUUUAACCUUCUGGUCCCUGGGAUACAAUUCGAUGCGAAGUCGUCCAAGAACAGCGAAAUCAUUAUAGGUUAACUGUUAUAUAAGAUGGCUAACCUAAAAUGUUAAUGUGUCGAACCGAUUGGUCAUUGUUGGUGGCCGGUAAUGUAUCAAGUUGAGUAAAGUAGUUAUAAAAACCUUGAAAAAAUACUGAAGAUAAAGUACUUAAUGACUUUAUAAAAUUUGAUAAAAAAAUAAUCAUUAUACUGUACUGUACUGAAGAUAAUGUACUUAAUGACUUUAUGAACUUUGAUAAAAAUCAUUGUACUGUACUGUACU